AUGUUCGGACUUCGCUCACUAGGCGGUACCGUAACGGUUGCCCUAACGUUGGUCGUGGUGGCCAUCAUCACCCAACAUGCGGCAGCCCAGCUAUCCACAUAUCAGCUGACAACUUGCCCGGGUAAAACGACCUGCAGUCAAUGCAUCCAGACGACAAACUGUCGCUGGUGUACGAUGCCCAAUUUCACACAUCCACGGUGUCAUGGUCAGAUCGAGAAGUACUGCCCGGAAGAGUACACCGUCGAUCCGAGCAACACCUAUCAGCUGAUCCAGGGUCGUGAGCUCACGAAACCUUCGAGACGCGUGAUGGAUGGGCAGAGUGAGUACGAAGCUUCGUACUCUUCAAGCCACUUUCAAUCCUCGUCCUCGCACAUGCAUCACCAGUCGUCAUCAUCGUAUGAGUCAGAAUCAUCAGCCGGUAGCAUUGUGCAGAUAUCGCCUCAGCGUGUGAGCCUGAAACUGCGACUAAAUGAGGCGUUCCGGUUCAACGUUAAUUACGCGCAGGCCGAGGACUAUCCCGUUGAUCUCUACUAUCUGAUGGAUCUGUCCAAAUCGAUGGAGGACGAUAAGACGAUCUUGUCGACACUUGGUGCCGAUCUCGCCACCGAAAUGCGGAAGAUAACGAGCAACUUCAAGCUUGGCUUCGGUUCCUUCGUCGACAAAGUGCUGAUGCCGUACGUCUCGACCGUGCCGAAAAAACUGGAGCAUCCGUGCGAUGGAUGCAAUGCACCGUACGGCUACCUACACCAUAUGUCGCUUAGUUCGGACUCCAACCUAUUCACCCAAGAGGUGCAGCGAGCGAACGUGUCCGGCAAUCUGGAUGCCCCCGAAGGUGGCUUCGAUGCGAUCAUGCAGGCCAUAGUGUGCCGGGAGCAGAUUGGAUGGCGCGAAAAAGCUCGCCGUCUACUGCUGUUCUCCACCGACGCUGGAUUUCAUUAUGCGGGCGAUGGCAAGCUGGGUGGUGUUAUCACACCCAACGACGGUGAUUGUCACCUGGACCACAAUGGCCGGUACACCCAUUCGACCUUUCAGGACUACCCGAGCAUCUCCCAAAUCAACCUGAAGGUGAAGCAGAACGCGAUCAACGUGAUCUUCGCCGUGACGGCGGAAGAGUUGUCGGUGUACGAGCAGCUGUCUCAUCUGGUGGAGGGUUCGUCUGCCGCUAAGCUAUCGAACGACUCGUCCAACAUCGUGUCGCUGGUUCGCGAUCAGUACAACAAAAUCUCCUCAUCUGUCGAAAUGAAAGACAACCGAACGGACAACGUGAUCGACGUGAAGUACUACUCGCGUUGCCGCAACACAAACGGCGCACUGCAACAAACGAACCGUUGCGAAGGUCUUAAGGUGGGCGAUGUAGUAACGUUCGAAGCGCACAUCACACUACUGCAGUGUCCAAGCGACCCUCGUGACUGGCAGCAGGUCUUGCAAAUCUACCCAGUAGGCAUUAACGAGAGUCUUACGGUAGACAUCGAGAUGUUGUGCAGCUGCCCAUGCGAACACCCCUCAGAUCCGGAGUACCGUGUACGAGCAGAUGAGUGCAGUAACGCUGGCACGUAUAAGUGCGGCAUUUGCGAGUGUGACGGCACCAAUCACGGCCAACGGUGCGAAUGUUCCGCCCUGGACAGCCUGCUGGAACCAGGCAUGGUGGAUGCCUGCCGCAUGUCAAACGCCUCCGAAGAGUGCAGCGGUCGGGGCCAAUGCGUUUGUGGCGUGUGCGUAUGCGAAAGGCGUCCCGUACCGGAUGAGGUGAUUGAAGGACGCUACUGCGAAUGCGACAACUUCUCUUGCGAUCGACCAGGAGGUUUGCUUUGCUCCGGUCCGGAUCACGGGCGGUGCGUAUGCGGCCAGUGCGAAUGCCGAGAUGGCUGGACCGGUCCAGCCUGCGAUUGCCGAGCGAGCAAUGAUACCUGUAUGCCUCCGGGUGGUGGAGAACUUUGCUCUGGCCAUGGUACAUGCGAGUGCGGCACGUGUCGCUGUACGGUCACAGAGGACGGCCGGUAUACCGGCCGGUACUGUGAGAAAUGUCCGACGUGUGCAGGCCGCUGCAACGAGUUCAAACACUGCGUACAGUGCCAGCAAUACCAGACGGGACCGCUCAUGCAGGAUGACUAUUGUGCGACCAACUGCACGCUGUUCGUGCCGGUGUCUGUGAAGAAGGUGACGAUCGACGAGGAGCGUAACGAUAACAAAUGUACGUUCUUCGACGAGGACGACUGUCGGUUCGAGUUCUCGUACAACGACAGUGACCAGGACAAGGUGGUGGUGACGGCACAGGAAAAGCGCGACUGUCCUCCGAAGGUAUUCAUGCUCGGAAUCGCUCUGGCGGUCAUCGCCGUUGUCGUGCUCAUCGGCAUGGCCGUAUUGUUGCUCUGGAAGGUGCUCACAUCCAUCCACGAUCGGCGGGAGUUUGCACGUUUCGAAAAGGAACGCAUGAAUGCCAAAUGGGAUACGGGUGAAAAUCCAAUUUACAAACAAGCGACGACCACCUUCAAAAAUCCAACCUACGCCGGCAAAUAAGCACCAGUGUGGGAGGUGGCGAAUGGUCGAUCAUGUAUCCACCACGGCCUACGCGAAACAUCGACAGCCCAAAUUAACUCAGCAUCGGUGCUUCUGCCCAUCCUGGGUAGUGUACGAUUGGCGUGCAUUGUGUACUAAUGAGAACACCUUUACACCCGCACUAGCCGUCUAACGUUUAUAGCCAGCCUUUGAAACAAAUUAUGUGCGGCAAAAUAGGGACAAAACGGUUAUUUUGAAUUUUUUAAAGAUUUAUCACACGAGAUGCCUUCAUGAGUAUUUGUCCUGUAUUGUCAUUCUGGCAGCACUACUUUGAUAGCCGAUAAAACAAGCUACUAAUACUACCAUUACUACUAUUUCAUUACUUUCGUCCAGCUACUAUCAUUAGUCAUAGAUUUCAAAGUCAACAUGGCAUUCGAUAAAAAAGGGCCUGGCCUUCCGGAUGGUCCCUUGAAGAUUAUCAUAGGCAUUUGGGAAACUUUAGUUAUGGUAGGCAAAUUGAAAGGAAGUUACUAUCCACUGCACGAAGACCGAAAACGAAGUUUGAUCAUAAUGGGCUUGUUUUGAAUCAUCGACUAACGGACGACAGACGUUCAUGAGCAGCGAGUUAUCCUAUUGUUGGGAUUUUGCGUUUUUUCCGAUACUAGUUCUUUUUUUGUUGGACGCACAAAACUAUGUGAUUUGGACUCUACUAAAGUGUGUGUAAUUAAAAUCGAUCGUGCAGAGAAAACAAAUAUAAACAAACAUGUGCGAAGCAACGAUAAAUUAAUUACGACUAAAGCAAUCUAACGCCUUCCUCGGUGUUUAAAGUAGCAAAUUUUUGUCUCAGAAGUUAUUACAUUGUGAAACGAUUGUGAAUUCUUAGAUGUAGGAAACGUAACGACGAAAAAAAGCUUUCAGGUCCAAAUAGAUGCAGUAAAAUUGAAAACAUUUGAACACAUCGAUUGCCAUGGAUGACAGUCAUCGUAGGUCGAAUAUGCGGCCAUGCAAAUUUUUUUCGUGAGAGAGUAGUAUUUCUACAGUCAUUGUUAGCUUGCUUAGUCAAAAAACGAAACAUGUAUUACGAACAGCAACAUACCACACAGAGAAUAGUGUAAUGUUUCCAAUAAUGCAAACAGGAUAUGCGAACACCAGAAAUGCUUUCAUGCUUUUAACGAAUGAUAUUGUAGCAAAAUGCGAAUGGUAUUAAUUUUAGGUUGAAGAAAAGCGAUUUUGAUAACAAAUCAUUGCAAAUCAUAUGGUCUGGAUAUAUUCAUCGUUGCAAAUUGUGUAGCUGGUAGCGCAUCCAUACACCACGAGCUGAAUGUAAUCGGUAGCACACGAACCCCAACUGAAUCAUGAUGCAUGUUUGAAUCUGGACGCAUUCGACGAAUAGUCUACCAUAAAACAUUUAUAAUCGCUGUGGGAGUAUGGUUUAGUGAAGGAACCAAAGGCAGGAGAUCGAGAACAAUUUCACGCCAGUACAAGACCGAAACCUUAAGCAAGCAAAUGCUUUAGCAGCCCUUAAGUGCACUUACGGUCAACAAUUUUACGGUCGACCAUGAGCAAACAAUCAGAUCAAACUUAAAAGCAAUCUAGCGUAGGAACCGUAGCCCUUAGUAUGAUAGCAAUCCGGUUUGCCUUACAUUACGUGCCACCAUUAUUAUUCUACAAAAUGCCAAACUUAUACGAUCGACAGACGGCCAUCAAGACCAAGUGGUGGUUGAACGAGCGCGAAAAACGAUGAGUAGUAUGUGCCUAGUAUUUCUGCCAACACGUAUUGCGUUGAUUGACGCUGCAUGUACUUCACUUCCCAAUUUUAUACGACGUUAUUUUAAGCGAUGCAGUUAUCUAUGCCUUAAGCUCGAUGGCACUAGACAACAGUAAGAGCCGAAUAUCGAAUAACGGCACCUAGGAAAACGAAUAUUUGCCGAAACGAAAAGAAAAGUCUCUUAUUUAAAUUCAGAUCGCAGCUAUGUUUGAAUCGAUUCAAAAUUACUCAGCGUGCAGGAGAAAUGUUGGAUUAUAAUGUAACACGUUAUUUUACGAUUGAACCCCCUCGGUUCGAAAUAUUGUUUGUAUCUUUCGGUUUGAGAUUGAUUUCAUCUAUUAUCAUAACUAACGGCGUGAGCUCAACUAAACACUAAUUCCUUCGCACAAACACGUGCAAGCUCUGUUCGUCAAAGGGAAAUGCGCGCAGUAAACUACUGCUAAGUUUGCUCGUUUGAAUUUUGCACGAGAGCUCUAGUGGCUGUGUUCAUUAUUUGUGGCCAUUUAAAAGAGAAAGCAAGGAUGAACGCACAUCCUGCGCGUUCAAUUCCACUAACGACGUAAACCGCAAGACUAAUUCUGCCAUGUUUCCCGUUUGCCAAAAUGAAGAUCAUACUUUCUGCAUUUGCUACUAUUUGCUGCUUUUCUUUAAGACGCCUUCUCUACUGUUAGUGGGGAAACUUUUCCACAGUCAAGGAGAUGUUAAAAUCGAAUAAAGUAAGCAGAACAGGUAGAACUAUACAGCAACGAGUUAUUGCGAGCCUUACAUUAGUGCCUUUUUAAGUCUAAUCCCGAUGCUUGAUAAUUGUAAAUAAUUUAUUGCCGUUUUUUUUCUAAAUUAGUUUUUUUUAAAUAAUAUGACAGAGUAAUGUGGCUUUGUACUAUUAAUGAGCUAAAACAAAUUCGAACAGAUUUUGAACAGAAUAUAACAUAACAAAGUAUUAGAAUAAAUAACUUUAGUGCUG